ACUGGUAGCGAUCCUUUAAACUGAGGGGCGGCAGAGACAAGUCAGCGCCUACGGUAUCCCUAGCUUGAAGUGGAUCUCGAAGAGCUGCUUGGCUGAGCUUUACAUGUUUGCAGCUCAACGUGUUAUCCCAGGCCAACAGAUCUAUGCAAUAGCUGCUCUGCUGGGUAUAUACCCUACCCGUACCGGUGGUACGGUACGCACGCAAAGGAUAUCAUAAUAAGUACCGGAUAACGGUACCGGUACCACUACUAGUAAAACAUGAUAGUGUAAUAACAGCCUGCGCUGCUUUCCAAAAGGACAGACGAGUUUCGUUGGUGCAGCUCGACGUCCGCCGCUGCACAAAACCACAGCCAGCCAUUGAUCUGGUGCGCCCACAAUCUCGGAUGAGCUGGUCUUAUUGGUUUCGAAAGUAACACCUCCAGAGACCCUCCAAACCUCCUUAACCUCCUCCUCCAACCUCCUUUCUCCUCCAUUCAACUUCCUACUAUUAUAGUUUGCUAUCAUUGCUUCACACUUCCAUUCAUCCAGAGAUAGCGUUGUCUUAUUACCGCUUUCGUAGGUCAGGUCAUUUUAUUAAAAGUACGGUAUUGGGUAUUAUUAUCAACAUCAACAUGUCUAGCGUGGACCGUCGAAGAAGCAACAAUGCGUACCAGAACAACGGACGCAAUCGACGCGGACGGGGCGGCGGUCGCGGAGGACGAGGAAACACCGGCGGCGGCAGAGGAAGAGGCAAGAGCAAUGAUUUUGCGUGGACGUCAGGUUCGGGGUAUUCGUCUCCGGUGACAACGUGGACGGCGGGAUCUCCCAUGGAUAACAACCAAUUCAGCAAUCCCGCUCAGUUCGAAGACUUGGACUUUCCACGAGAGCCUCAGUCAGGUCUUUUGUUUGGACUCAAGGAAGAUGUAGUUGUGCCAGGCUCUGUGAAUCAUUCUCUGUUGCAAGGAGAGAUCCUAGAGACUCUCAAACGUAUGCCAUCGGACAUUGUCAAUCUCAUGUUGAAACAGUACGACACGUGUGCUCGUGAGGGGGGUAUUCGAAACAAAAACGCGUACCUGUUGGGUAUUAUCAAUUCAGGUCCUAGAAUGGGGCUUUCUCAGGGGGUUGUUGUCCCUCCCAGUGUCAAGUUCUCCCUCAUGCAGGGAGUUGUCUUGGAUGAUCUUAAUGCCCUCUCCGUGACUGAGAUUAACAUCAUUCUGGGGGAAUUCGACAAAGAGAUGCGUGCACGUGGUUCCACCAUCUACGACAAGUAUUCUUUUCUGGCGGACAUUAUCCGAAAACACAAACCCGCAACUCCCAAGCGCAACCAAAAUAAUCAGCAUCAGUACGUCGUGGGCAAUGCCACUCCUAAAUCCAACGACACCUCCAGAAAACUUGAUGCACAGCUUAUCAGCGCCAUGAAGGAGCAAAAUGCCGAAACCACCAAUGUUGAGAUUGUUGCAAAGGUGCAGCCCAAAACUAGCGAUGAAAUGGAAGACACCCUGGCAUUGUUGGCCAACAGUAUGGAGAGGGUCCAGAUGUUGACUGAGAGCCUUGCCAAAGUCAGAGGCGAACUUGUCGCCGAGAAGGAGAAACGAAGCAGUCAAGAAGCCAUUGCGAGAUCCGAACAGAUUCUCCGUGAAGCGACGGAAGAACGUUUGCAAACAGCACUCCAAGAACUCGACGCCGAGCGCGACGCACGGGAAAAGCAAAAGGAGGAGUACCAGAUGACGCUCAAGUAUGAAAACGAUCGUCGUGAAGCUACGGAAAAGGAGAUUCAUGAUCUCCGCGAAAAGGUUGAGAUGGAACGGGCGGAAAAGCAUCGCGCGGAGGAUCGGUUGUCUGUGUUGGAGGAAGUGCUCAUUUCGGAGAGAGAUGUGCGUGAUACUGAACGAGGAACAUCGAAUGGGCUCCCGGGAUUCGAUAGCCAUGAUUUCGACAGCGACGACGAACAUCAUCAUUAGAUUUGGAGAACGGAGAACCAGUAUAUUGAAUGAAUGGGUAUAUAUUAUCUGCAUGCAGCGAAGACAAGAAACAAGUUUAACCCUCCCUUCCCCUCUAUCCAUCAAGAAAAAACUUCGCUGACAAGCAGGAUUCACGCUAAACAUACCGGUACCGUGCAUUGCCACUACCAAACAACUCUGCAUAUUAUUUUAAAAGGUGUCAGUCAUUAAAAGAUGAGCUGGACCAGACUCAAUUUGUCUCUUCAUGGUGAAGGGAUGAUUAUACAUGAGAGCGGGCUUCCCUUACGUCUCUCUGUGUCUCUCCCUCUUUAGAAAACGAUUGGACAGCAGGAUUCAAUCUUUGCAUGUAAAUACACAUUUCACUUAGCUUUGAAUUCCUACCUGGCUCAUGUGCUAUCUUCCUCGGUCGUUGCAUAUCAGUCAACGAGACCACCAAGCCUCGCCCCGUUCUGUCUUUGUUCAGCCACCGGUACUGGAAAUCCAGCCUGGUCCUCGUUCGAAGAAGGGAAAGCUCAGUCCGAAUAGGAACUGGCUAUCGUAGCUAGUAGUAGAGUUGCGAUAAUUUGACCUUGUCCUUUCUACCCCUUCUGCUUUACAGUCCAGCGUCCUGCGACAUGGCUACUGUAUGUACAAGCGCUUCUAUUUAUUUGGUGUGUGGUUGUACCCUAUGGUUCCGUAUUGUGACGAUACAAGGAUGCUAUCGGCUAAUGUGUACUAGUACCUGGUACGAUACCGGUGGUACCCUGUACUCACCAGACUCGACUCGUCACUCGUCCCCACGUACCGGUAUUGCUUUUUAGCUCUGCCAGGUUAAAGUUAAAAAAAUCCAGAGCACAUGAGCGUCAGACAAAGCAAUUAAGCAAGAGAAGGGU